AUGCUCGAUACCCUGCCUCCCGAUGUUCUGGAUUACAUAGCUUACUUCUCUGGUACACAUUCACUGCUUGGCCCUCCCUCAGGUCUACUGCCUCUCUUAUGUCUGUGCCGGUCGACGAACGCAUCUCUUCGCCGCUCUGUUAAUCCACAUCUUUAUGGGCGUAUCUUCGUAGCUAAGUUUGAUCUUGCAGCGCCACGUCGCCGACUUGCACGCCUCUUUAAGCACGAUACCACUUCGGUCGUUUCUGUGAAUGCGCUUGCAGAUGAACUCAUCCGCCGAUUUACAAUUAUCAAGUACUUGCGCACUGAGCUUCAUGCUCGAUGUUCCAAUGAUGUACCUGGAGAUGAAAGUAUGAUCAAUACCCCUGAUACAAAUACGGAUGCAAGUGAUAAGCUCGAUGAGCUCUUGUGGACAGCUUUCUUAAUGGUACUUGAAGACGAGGGACGGAACACUGCGCAACUUCGCCAUGCACGAAUAGAUGCAUGGCUUGCCGUUUUCUGGUUCGAAGCCCAAGGGGCGUCUGGCGCGAACCGCGCGUUUUCCAUUGAUCGCUGGCCAGUCGCCCCAGCAUAUAGCAAGGAUGUUCCACAGAAGACAAGGCAUGCCCUUGCAAUGUGGUUGCUUUGGUUCUUCCUUGAUCCUGCUGCAUACGUCGCAAAUGCAGACUUAUACCGGCGUGCAGAGACGAUUCUCAAGCUUGUCUCUCUCAAUGCUCCCCUGGCAUGUUCUCUUAUCCUUGCUUCCCUUAAAAUUGCGCACUCAUUGUUUCCUUUCCAUUUUGGCAUCCCAGGGGAGCCGACUACGGUGCCUUUUGACCCACGCUCAGACUUGAACUCGUCACCGAAGCAGUCCUCUGCAGAACUACCCUUUACGUAUUUCUCUUACCCUCUGCCCAGAUUGACGCCCCCACCGCUUGCGGUGCCUGCGAAUUUAGCGUUACUCGCUUUGCAUGCGCGAAAUAGGCGAAAUGCCGAUACCAUCGAAGGUGGCCUUGAGUUGCUAGAACUAUUGGGCCCGUCUCUUGCAGAGGCGUUCAUCGCGCUGCCUGGGCAUAUGAGACAUUUCGACACCAAUUGGCUUCGGAAUUUCCGUACAGGCCGGAGUGAAGAGAUGUUUGAUGAAUAUUCCCUUAAUGAUUCGCUCAGAGUCGCAGAGUCAGGUGCACGUAUCGACAGCUACCGUUGGGAGUAUGAGUGGCUACGGAUGGUGUAUGCAGUUGAUGAAAACGGUGUACCAUUUGGCACGGCGGACGAGCAAAACUUGAAAGCGGGGACGAAUUCCAAUGGAUUGAAACGAAGACGUAGUGAGAAACGAAGAUACAGGGCAUACCAACCUGGUAGUUUUGAAGGGUCGUGGGAAGGCACCUUCACUUAUACUGAGUUCCAUAGCUUCGCUGCUCUCCUUGCUGGCGCCAAGCCGUCAAAGCUACAAGAUUGCCUGAUCGGGCAGCACAGCCAAACUUGGCGCAUACGCGAGUAUCAUUUGCUUGCACCGGUCGCUUCUUCUGUAUCCUCUUCGACUUCCAAUUCUUCGUCUCUCCCUUUCUCAUCAUUAAAUUCGUCAAAUUCCGGCCCUACAACACAGUCUAAUGGUACCACAAACGAUCCGAUUCCACUACCAAUUGGCGACCCGGUCUUCGCUCACAUUCCGGACGGUUACUCCAUCGAAGAUGACCCGUCUUGGUUACGCAUAACCUUACCGUCUUCUUACUCUCCUCCACCUUCAUCUUAUUCAUCUGGUACGGAUCCGCCUCCGUUGGUGUAUAAUUACACGCGCUAUCCGGGACCUGGGUCGAAUGAGGUUAAUGGAAGCAUCGAGAAAUCAUCAGCUGAAAUCGGUGCAGAUAGAGGAUCAUAUGCGUCUCGGGUGGUUGAUAUCCUAAUCAGAGGUGAAGGACAUUCUGGAUGGGGAGAGUUCCGCUUGAUAGGACGUGUGAGACCAGUUGAUGGCUUUAUCACUAUACUGAAAGAAUACACGGGUGGAGACCGUGGUCGCUGGUUAUAUCGAGGAUACCUCGUCGGUGGAGGUUCUGAAAUCUUUGAACGAGGAGUUGGAGGGAGAGGAAGAGGAGAAAUAGCUGAGAGUAAAGGAUAUCUGGUGGGACGCUGGCGAGAUACACUCACGCCAGCUGAAACACAUGGAUACGAGGGUGCUUUUGCGAUGGCACGCAGGCGAUAGACAAUAUGAAACUUUUCCAUUAUAAUUGACUACGACAGCUAUGCUUUAUGGUUUGACAGCCAAUCUGG